AUGUCCUUCAAAGCCUUGUCUCUGUGCCUUCUUGUGCUUUCACUAGCCUUUUCUUGUGAAAGCCGUCCAGAAAGAAAAGACUUGGGUCUUGGAAUUGGCCUGGGACUUGGCCUUGGGCUUGGUCUAGGUGGUGGUAGUGGCUCCGCAUCUGGGUCUGGUUCUGGUUCAGCAUCUGGGUCUGGUUCUGGUGGUGGUGGUGCAGGGUCUUAUGCUGGCUCUGGUGCUGGGUCGUAUGCUGGUUCUGGCGCAGGUUCAGGCUCUGGUCAUGGCUCGGGUCAAGGCAGUGGUCAGGGAUAUGGUUCUGGGUCUGGUUCAGGACAAGRGCAAGGCUCUGGAUAUGGUGAAGGUUCUGGUUAUGGAUCUGGAUAUGGUUCUGGUGGUGGGCAUAAUUAG